AAAUGCGUAAAUGAUAUACGGGCAUCUUUACAAAAUGGCAACGUUCUGCUAAGUCACUUCACCUAAGCGGGUUUUUAAUUUAAAUCAAGUUUUGCAUGCUAUCUACCAAAAGAAUAACGAUACAAUUUGAUUUUUCUGUUAUAUUUGAUUAUUGGUUCAUAAUAUAUAAGAAUGUUGAUUACUUUAAAAACGCUGCAACAAAAGACGUUUAAAAUUGAAGUUGACGAAAAUGACAAGGUUUUUGCACUUAAAGAAUUGAUUGCUAAAGAAAAAGGAUCAGAGUUUCCAAUUGAAUGCCAGCGACUAAUUUAUUCGGGUAAAAUUCUUGAUGAUGAUAAAGCUUUAUGCGAAUAUAACAUUGAUCCAGUCAAAAACUUUGUAGUAGUAAUGUCAGUCAAGCCUAAAGUUGUAACAAAAGAUGGGGAUAAGUCUAGUGGAGUAGGAUCUAGCACGCCACAAGUAGAAUCCACUGUCUCUAUGGAAACAGUUCAACCAUCAUCCACACCACUUUUGACAUCUACUGCGUCUGCUAGUGAAACAACUUCAGUAUCCACAACCUCAACAGCUGUUUCCUCUCAACCUGAUAUUGGAACUUCAUUUCUUACUGGAUCAGCUCUUGACUCAUCAAUAAAUGAACUAAUGUCUCUUGGCUUUAGUAGAGAGCAAGUUUUAAGAGCUCUUCAACGAAGUUUUCAAAAUGCAGAUAGAGCUGCAGAGUAUUUGUUAUCGGGGAAUGUGCCUGAACUUGUUGAAGAUGCGCCUGGUGACAUAGAUGAAGAAUCAGAAGCUCUUCCUGCAGAUGUUGGCGCUGAAGGUGAUCUAAACUUCCUUCGAGAUCUUCCACAAUUCCGUAUGAUGCGAUCUCAAGUGCAACGUCAUCCUGAUACUUUGCCGCAAUUAUUGCAAGAAAUUGGACGCUCAAAUCCCCAGUUAUUACAGCUUAUUAGUCAAAAUCAAGAAGCAUUCAUUGCUCUUCUAAAUGAACCAGAAACAGGCGAGAGUUCAGCUCCUGUUAGUGAAGACGCUUUUGGGGGCGAUGCUGGCGCAGGAGGAGGAUUUCAAAUUCAUGUUACAACUGAAGAAAAGGCGGCUAUUGAUAGGAUUGUUGGCAUGGGUUUUAAUGAAGCGGAAGUUAUUCAAGCUUUCUUUGCUUGCGAAAAAAACGAACAACUCGCAAUUGAAUUUUUAUUAAGUUCUAUAUAAAACGCUUUUCUUUAUUACCAUGAUUUAUAAAUAAUUCCAUGUUAUAAGCAA